AGUAACAAUUCAAAUGUGUGAGAAUAUUUCUUUCAUGCGCAAACAGGAAACUGACUGAAUCCAGAGUUUGAUAAUCUGUGAUACAGAAAUAAAUUAAUAUAGCUUGUGAAUAUCGAAUUUGCUCUCACCGAUUUUAGGCCAUCGGCAAUACACAAAUUACCCGGUGGCCAUCACGUAGACACAUGAAAAUAAGGCCCCUGUGACGUUGUGUUCAAGGGUGAUAUAAGUUAGGUUACCCACACACAUUCGAAAUUCAACCCAACUCAGAUCUUUUGUUUUUUACCUUGAGCACGAACCAGGUAGGUUUAGUUACUGAAUUCUAGGCAUGGAAAUCUAAAUUAAAGUUGAUUUUUGCUUGGUAUUUAACAUGCCGAAAAAAAGUCCCAUUUGGGUUCACUUUUCGGAAGAGUCGGAGGGCAAAGUCACGUGUCUCUAUUGUGGUCAGCAAUUAUCAGUUAAAAAUAAAUCUACAUGUUCACUUAUCCGGCAUAUGAAUCAAAAGCAUCCUGCUCAAUCAAUCAGUAGACGAACAAUAACAGAAGCCCCAAUUAAAGAAGCAAAUUGUUCAAUUGAACAACAACAACCAGCAGAAGAUUCUGCAAUUAAACUGUAUCAACAACCAUCAACUUCAGGAGCAGGUAAAUUGCAAGCCAUCAGUAGUUUGCUUCAAAAACCUCUAUCAAUUGUGACAGAAAACGAAAUUGAUAAACAGUUAAUCUGCAUGAUUGCAAAGGAAUAUCAUCCUGGCAUCGUAGAGGAUAAAGAAUUUAAACACCUGCUUUAUUUAUUAAAUCCUAAUUACAAUGUUCCUACACGAAAAACAGUUUCAAAUUUGAUGAUUCCAGCAUUUUACAAUGAAGCACUUGAACUAGUUAAAAGUCGUUUAGAUAGAGCAUUUGUAGUAUGUCUAACAACUAACGGGUGGGCAUUCCGCAAAAACGACAGUUUUCAUACUGUUACCGCUCAUUAUAUUGUGGAAGAAACCAACAAUACCUUCUUAUCUUCCGAUUUGUUGGGAUGUAUAUCUUUCACGGAAAGGCACACUGCAGAAGACAUUGCCAACAAGCUUAAAGAAGUCAUAGAUGACUGGAAAUUAACUAAUAAAAUAGUUGCCGUUGUGUCAGAUAAUGCGGAAAAUAUGAAAACUGCGAUGAGUAUUGGCGGGUGGAGUCACUGGGAUUGUUUGGCCCAUUCUUUAAAUUUAGUUAGUCAAUCAGGUUUGAGCGAAAUCAAAGAAGUUGUGGAUAAAAUAAAAAAUAUAGUUGCUUAUUUUAAGCGGAGUAGCUAUGCACUUUCCCAACUAAAAGCUGCUGCAGUACGUAUGGAGAUACCUGUACUAAAAUUAAAGAAUGAGGUAGCAACACGCUGGAACUCUACGUACGAUAUGAUGUGUAGAGUUUUACAGAUGAAAAAUGCUAUUAUAUCUACCUUAGCUCUUCUAAGUACCUCAUCCAGUAGCCAGCAACGUGAUGAUUUUGAAUUGACUACUCAACUUCGUAAUGAAGAAUGGAUUGUAGCAGAACAAGCAAUAAACGUACUGGAAGUUUUUAAUUUGAUAACACUCGCCAUAAGCUCAGAGCAAAAUAUUAAUGCCUCUACCAUCAUAUUUUAUUAUAAGCAGAUCAGUAAACAUUUAAAUUCUUUUGAUUUAACUGCAGUCAUGCCCCAAAUAAGCAAUAUGGUAAAAACACUUCAAUUGCAACUAAGGAGCAGGUUUCACCAUAUACAACGAAACAACUUAAUAGCUCAAGCAACUAUUUUGGACCCCAGAUUUAAAAAAUUAGGGUUUAUAGACGAGGAAGAGUACCAACGAGCCGUAGAAAACUUAUAUACAGAAGUAGCUAACACUAAACUAGUUGAUGAAAAUGUAGAAAAUAAAACAUCUGAUAAUAUUAUUAAAAUCAAAGUCGAACCAAUCGAGCAAAAGAUUGCGCCUGAAAAAAAUCUUCUUGAUGCUUUAUGGGAUGACUUUGAUGCGAAAGCUCGACAAAGCUUAAAUCCGAGCGAUUCCACAGCAUCUGCCAUUGUAGAAGUUAAUACAUAUUUAGAGGAAAGUAUUUUACUUAGAAAGGAUACCUCAGGAGUUUUGCAAGAUCCUUUUGUCUGGUGGCAUCAAAGAAAGUACAUAUACCCAAAACUAUACCAAAUUAUGAAAACUCGACUAUGUAUAAUGGCUACAUCUGUCCCGAGCGAGAGAAUUUUUUCGAGAGCAGGGCAGAUAGUUAGUGCAAAACGGGAGAUAUUGAAAAGCGAUAAAUUAUCUCGACUAGCUUUUUUGAGUUAUAACUUAAAUAAUUGUACUUAAUUAGUCUAGUUUUUUAAAAACCAGUUACUUUAAGUUUUCAAUUUUAGUUUUUACGAAAACAGUUUGUAAUGUAUUGUUAGGUUUAACUUUGCAAAAGAAUACAAUCCAUACAAAUUUAA